GGAUGCCUUCAAUUAAACUGCAGAGUUCUGAUGGAGAAAUUUUUGAAGUUGAUGUUGAAAUUGCAAAACAGUCUGUAACCAUCAAGACUAUGUUAGAAGGUAAGGAAGCAUUUUUUUCUUUUCCCAGUUUCAAUUCACUGUGCAAUGUUGGUCUAAAGUCAUCUAAUGUCGUUACUAAAUGUGUAUGUGUAGUACUAAUAGUCAUACUGUACAAGUAUGAGGCCCACAAAUCUAACAGGAUUUUGUUUUUAUUUAAGGCUGCAAACUAUUUGGAUAUUAAGGGUCUCCUUGAUGUUACAUGCAAGACAGUUGCAAAUAUGAUUAAAGGCAAAACUCCAGAAGAGAUACGAAAAACUUUCAACAUAAAAAAUGACUUUACUGAAGAAGAAGAAGCACAGGUACGUAAAGAAAAUCAGUGGUGUGAAGAAAAAUGAAGACUACCUGCUGUCACUGUGUAUCACACUGUAAGAAUCACUUAAUAUUCGCACUGUGCUGUUUUAUUAAAUAUUAAGCAAUCGCAGUGUUCAGGCUUUGUAUUUAUCACAAUGUUUCCAUUGCAUGUGUUGAAUAACUUUGAAAUGAAGGUCGGAUAGAAUAUUUGGUGUUUCUACCUGUUGUAACCAGAUGUGGUGUUUUUUAUUUUCUGUAAUAAACCUAGCUAGAGAAUGGUUUCUGCACUUGUCUUCUCAUUAGCACUGUAUUAAAGCUUUCUGUUUUAUAGCUCACUUUUCCAGUCUAAAAUAGAACUGAUUGUUUGCUAACUUGUUUUGAGGAACACAGUUGUGUAAAUAAAUUCAUACAAACAGUU